AUGAAGAUGUUAUCAUCGGCUCAUUGUGCGAUUAAAGCAGCUGCGAGGUCAUCAUCACUCAAAGACCAUCGCACAUUGCUAGACCAGCUCCAAAUGAUUGAGUCCCAACGCAGAGAAAAAAGGGAACUAGUAGACGGUCACUGGCUACAGAAACAAAUACUAGCCGAAUUCCCCGAGCGUUUCCAGAGAAGGGUCCUCGAAAAGAAGUAUUCCAUGGAGGAAGCUUUUCGUAUGGACACGUUACUCUCCACUCUGGAUCAGAUCAUCUCUAGCGAAGAGAAGAUCGCGCUUUUCACUUCCAAAACGUCUCCAGGUUCUCAGCAAUGGUCUACGAAAAAGAGUUGA